AUGAACUACGGGUUCAUCUCGAAUGGCUCCCCCGGCGGCCAGGACUGGGAGUCCAAGAAUAAGCAGGUGACCUGGCCCUAUAGCCAGGGCCUGGUGCCCAGCUCGGCGGAGAAAACCGCCAAGGUCGCGUGUCAGUUCCGCGCGGCCGAUGACGAGGACGACGAGGACGACAAGCCUUGGCUUGUCAUGAUUGUUGGGUACGAGGGGGGUAUCGACCCUGCUCCCAGUUUCGGCGACAACAAUUUCAAGGUGAUCAGCUUCGUCACCGUGAGCUUUGAGGGUGUAAAGCCGAGCGAGUGCAUGGAGCACCACGAGCGUCUUUCUGCGUUUUGGGAGUCCGAGUUCGACUUCACCUCGGCCGCAAGGCGGCGACGAACGAGAUCGCGUUCUCGGCGUCGUUCCAGGGCAGAGACUUGCCCUGCGAGUUUUAUCUUCUCCCUCGCUACAGAUAGGUAG